AUGCUUGAACUGCUGCAGCGGCUAGAUGAGGACAAUGAAAUUCGCUUCACCGCCUAUCGAACUGCCGCCAAGUUCAGGAAGUUGCAACAAUUCACUUUCUUCGAUCAACUUCCCCUGAAUGCCGUGACGGAGACCUUUGCACGUCACGGACUCGCUCUGCCUAUCUGUGGCGAAGGAUGUGAUGGUCGCAUGAUGGAUGUCACGCAAAUUGUAAACUGUCUUACCACCCUCUACUGUCGAGUGUGGGACAUCCUGGCUGGCAAUCCGGACGUUGUCAAAGUUGUGGCCACGUCCCCGAACCACACGGGUCCCGGCAAACCACCACUCCUUCAUAACGACUCCGCAACCUCGAAGGAGAUAACCACUACUCUUGAGCCCACGCGUGAUCAAGAUUCACACACAGCGAGUGAAACAAAGACGUUGACACGUCAUCACUCCCAGAAGAAAGCUCUCAACUGCGUACCGGGAGCCCUGUGCCAUAGCAGCAAGAAGACGGAUCAUUACAAUGAAUUCACCGCGAAACCCCUGCCCCCCAGCGCGAAGCAACAGCAGCACAAGUCCAGCAGCAGCACCCUUAACGAGGACGAUACCACGACCAACAACCCCCCGAGCAGCACAAACCAUCCCGCGACUCGACAAUCGGACCAGCCUGCCAGCCCCGGCGAGGAGUUUUCCCCUUGGGUGGCAGACGGGUCGCAU